AAGCUAUACAUUUUAAGUUAGUUUCAGUGUAAGAGUUAAAAACGUGUUUUUCUACUUCCAGGUGCGUUUGUCAAAUAAAAAUAAAAUCACAUGUAUUUUCACAGCAGAUCCAGAUAAAAACAAAGAUCCAUAACCGCAACAUCAAUAAGGCUCCUGUCAUUACAUGAACACUGAACAGUGUGUGUGUUUUUCUGCUUACGACGCUGCGGUCUCUUGUCCGUUAGUGAAACUAAAGGCAUUUACUGACACUCCCUAACAAUUUGCUGAGAGUCAUCAAUUAUGCAGGGUAGCCGCACUCACUGGGAAGGAAGAUAGCAGCAACAAUAUGGCGACAGCCGCAGUUACUCCCGACUCUUUUCUACAUCUGCAGUUCACUGACAGCUGUCCUGGUUUCUGUUGAUGCGAGAACAAAUUCGCGGAUCUGGCUUUCUCUGUCACUCUCUCCUACUGCCGGCGGAGUUUUCCCUGACUUUCUGAUUACUGAUUCAUUUCCAGAGCUGGAUGUCUGGGAUGGAAAACAAAUAAAGAGGAAAUAGCUGCAGCAUGAAAACAUGGCCGCACCCCUUCUUGCACCCCCAGGACCUGACAGCUUCAAGAAAUUCACCCCAGAGUCGCUUGCUAACAUCGAGAAGCGAAUCAAUGAAGAGAAGAACAAGAAGCCACCCAAGCCCAGAUCGGACAGUAGUCACCGCGACACAUCUGACGACAAUGAGCCCAAGCCAAACAGGGACCUGGAGGCUGGGAAGAGCCUGCCGUUCAUCUACGGCGAUAUUCCUGAUGGAAUGGCUGCAACACCACUGGAGGAUUUGGACCCAUAUUAUUUGAACCAGAAAACAUUUAUAGUCCUAAACAAAGGGAAAACACUCUUCCGCUUCAGUGCCACGCCCUCCUUGUACAUCAUAAGCCCUUUUAAUAUAUUUAGGCGAAUAGCUAUUAAGAUUUUGAUACAUUCGUUAUUCAGCAUGAUCAUCAUGUGUACGAUUUUGACCAACUGUAUAUUCAUGACAUUUAGUGACCCCCCAGAGUGGUCUAAACAAGUAGAGUAUACCUUCACCGGUAUCUAUACAUUUGAGUCGCUCACAAAAAUUGUUGCCCGAGGCUUCUGUAUAGAUGGGUUCACCUUUCUCCGAGACCCAUGGAACUGGCUGGAUUUCAUGGUCAUCUCAAUGGCAUAUAUAACAGAAUUUGUGGACCUUGGGAAUGUCUCGGCGCUGAGAACGUUCAGGGUUCUCCGAGCUUUGAAAACUAUUUCUGUCAUUCCAGGCCUGAAGACCAUUGUGGGCGCUCUGAUCCAGUCCGUGAAGAAGCUGUCGGAUGUGAUGAUCCUGACUGUCUUCUGUCUCAGCGUCUUUGCUCUGAUUGGGCUGCAGCUCUUCAUGGGAAACCUGCGGCAUAAAUGCGUAUACUGGCCAAUCAACGAGACUGCGUAUUACCUGGCAAAUGGACAGAAAACCUUUCACUACGACGAAUAUAUGAUGAAUGAAAGUAAUUUCUACUUCCUCCCUGAUCAGCUUGAUGCUCUACUAUGUGGAAAUAGUUCUGACUCAGGAAACUGCCCAGAGGGAUAUACAUGUAUCAAAGCUGGAAGGAACCCAAACUACGGAUACACCAGCUUUGACAGCUUUGGAUGGGCUUUUCUCACCCUUUUCCGCCUCAUGACCCAAGACUUCUGGGAAAAUCUCUACAUGCUGACUCUGCGAGCUGCUGGAAAGACCUACAUGAUCUUCUUCGUGCUCGUCAUCUUUGUGGGCUCCUUCUACCUGGUGAAUCUCAUCUUGGCUGUGGUGGCUAUGGCUUAUGAGGAGCAGAACCAGGCCACGAUUGAGGAGGCGGAGCAGAAAGAGGCCGAAUUCAAGGCCAUGCUGGAGCAGCUGAGAAAGCAGCAGGAGGAGACUCAGGCUGCUGCCAUGGCAACAUCUGCAGGUACAGUGUCUGAGGCUGCGUUAGAGGAUGAAGGAGGGGGCCACUUGUCCCGCAGCUCCUCUGAGGUCUCCAAGCUGAGCUCCAAGAGUGCAAAGGAACGCCGCAAUCGCAAAAAGAAAUGGCGUCAGAAAGAGCAAGAGAAGGAGAAGGGGGACAGUGAAAAGGUUGUAAAGUCUGACUCAGACGAUGGAAGCAAGAAAAGCACCAUUCGUUUCCCAGGAACCCGGCUUGGGAGGAAGACAUCCAUCAUGAACCAGUCCCUACUGAGCAUCCCUGGCUCGCCGUUUAUGUCGCGCCACAACAGCCGCAGCAGCAUCUUCAGCUUCAAAGGUCGCUCUAAAGACAUGGGCUCAGAGAACGAGUUUGCCGACGACGAGCACAGCACGGUGGAGGAGAGCGAGGAUCGGCGGGGCUCCCUGUUCAUCCCUUACCGCCGCAACAGCUACAGUGGCUACAGCCAAGGCUCGUCGCGCAUCCAUCCACUUGCACCCCACGCUGGAGGGAAGAGGAACAGCACAGUGGACUGCAAUGGUGUGGUGUCUCUCAUCGGCCCUGGGCCCGGCAGACGGCUUCUGCCUGAGACGACAGAUGUGGAGAUUAAGAAGAAACACUCUGGCUCUCUUAUGGUUUCCGUGGAUCAGCUCAACUCCUCCUUCAAAGGGAAGGACCGUGCCAACAGCCAGAUGAGUGUUGUCACCAACACACUGCUUGAGGAGUUGGAGGAGUCUCAGAGGAAGUGUCCUCCCUGCUGGUACAAGUUCGCCAACAUCUUCCUCAUCUGGGAAUGCUUUCCCAUGUGGCUGAAGAUCAAGCACAUCGUCUACUUGAUCGUCAUGGAUCCGUUCGUUGACUUAGCCAUUACUAUCUGUAUUGUCCUCAAUACCCUCUUCAUGGCCAUGGAGCACUAUCCCAUGACUGAGCACUUUCAAGGUGUUCUGUCCGUUGGCAACCUGGUUUUCACAGGUAUCUUUGCUGGGGAGAUGUUCGCAAAGCUAAUUGCCAUGGAUCCAUAUUACUACUUUCAGGAAGGCUGGAACUGCUUUGACGGCUUCAUCGUGACACUGAGUUUAGUUGAGCUGGGACUGGCUGAUGUGGAAGGUCUGUCAGUGCUCAGGUCCUUCCGAUUGCUGAGAGUCUUCAAAUUGGCCAAAUCAUGGCCCACCCUCAACAUGCUGAUCAAGAUCAUUGGUAACUCGGUGGGAGCUCUGGGUAAUCUGACCCUGGUGUUGGCCAUCAUCGUCUUCAUCUUUGCCGUGGUGGGCAUGCAGCUAUUUGGCAAAAGUUACAAGGACUGCGUGUGUAAGAUCGCCCCUGACUGUAAGCUACCUCGCUGGCACAUGCACGACUUCUUCCACUCCUUCCUGAUCGUGUUCAGAGUAUUGUGUGGGGAAUGGAUUGAGACCAUGUGGGACUGUAUGGAGGUGGCUGGACAGACCAUGUGUCUCACUGUCUUCAUGAUGGUCAUGGUCAUUGGAAACCUGGUGGUGCUUAACCUGUUCCUUGCCUUGCUGCUGAGUUCAUUCAGUGCAGACAAUCUGGCUGCCACAGAUGACGAUGGAGAGCCCAACAACCUCCAGCUCGCAGUAAACCGUAUAAAGAUCGGGAUUGCCUGGUUCAAGGCCAACAUGCGGAUUGUUAUGGCCACGGUGCUCAAGAAGCCCAUAGAGGAUGAACAGAAGCCUCUGGAUGAAAUGUAUGAGAAGAAGCUCAACUGCAUUGCAAACCACACAGUGGACAUCAACCGUGAACUGGACUAUGCUAAAAAUGGCAACGGCACCACGAGUGGCAUUGGAAGCAGUGUGGGGAAGUAUAUGAUUGAUGAAGACUACAUGUCCUUCAUCCACAACCCCAACCUUACGGUCUGCGUUCCCAUUGCUGUCGGGGAGUCGGACUUUGAAAAUCUUAAUACGGAGGACUUCAGCAGCGAAUCGGACGUGGAGAACAGCAAAGACCUGGACGACACCAGUUCAUCUGAGGGCAGCACAAUCGACAUCAAGCCUGAUGUGGAGGAGGUGGCAGUCGUGGAGGUAGUGGAGGAGUACCUUGACCCAGAAGCCUGCUGGACAGACGAAUGUGUGGCCAAAUACAAGUGCUGUGACGUUCCCAUCACUCAUGGCUGGGGGAAAUACUGGUGGUUCUUGAGGAAAACCUGCUACCUGAUCGUGGAACACAACUGGUUUGAAACCCUCAUCAUCUUCAUGAUCCUGUUGAGCAGCGGCGCUUUGGCCUUUGAGGACGUGUACAUUGAGCAAAGGAAGACGGUGCGCAUCAUUCUAGAGUAUGCCGACCGCGUCUUCACCUAUAUCUUCAUCCUCGAGAUGUUGCUGAAAUGGGUGGCGUACGGCUUCGUCAAGUACUUCACUAACGCCUGGUGUUGGUUGGACUUCUUCAUUGUGGAUGUGUCUAUAGUCAGCCUUAUAGCUAAUGCGUUGGGCUUCUCCGAUCUAGGCCCGAUUAAAUCACUCAGGACACUAAGGGCCUUGAGACCCCUCAGGGCCCUGUCACGUUUUGAAGGGAUGAGGGUUGUGGUAAAUGCCUUGGUGGGUGCAAUUCCCUCCAUCAUGAAUGUGCUGCUGGUGUGUCUGAUUUUCUGGCUCAUCUUCAGCAUCAUGGGAGUCAACCUUUUUGCUGGGAAGUAUUACUUCUGUUUCAAUGAGACGUCCGAGCAGUACUUCCUACCCAGCGAGGUCAACAACAAAACAGAGUGUAUGGCCCUCAUUAAUAGAAACGCCACUGAUGUCAGAUGGAAAAAUGUCAAGAUCAACUUUGACAACGUGGGUGCUGGAUACUUAGCACUCCUGCAAGUGGCAACAUUCAAAGGCUGGAUGGACAUUAUGUAUGCAGCUAUAGAUUCUAGAAAGGUGGAGGACCAGCCCAUCUAUGAGGACAACUUGUACAUGUACAUCUACUUUGUCAUCUUCAUCAUUUUUGGCUCGUUCUUCACCCUAAACCUCUUCAUUGGUGUCAUCAUUGACAACUUCAACCAGCAAAAGAAAAAGUUUGGAGGUCAGGACAUCUUCAUGACAGAGGAGCAGAAGAAAUACUACAAUGCCAUGAAGAAACUGGGGUCAAAGAAACCACAAAAACCAAUACCGAGGCCUCAGAACCAAGUCCAGGGCAUUGUGUUUGACUUUGUGACGCAGCAGGUGUUCGACAUCUCCAUCAUGAUACUCAUCUGCCUCAACAUGGUCACCAUGAUGGUGGAGACCGAUGAUCAGUCGGACGAGACGGAGGACGUGCUUUACUGGGUCAACUUCAUCUUUAUUGUGGUCUUCACUGGCGAGUUUUUACUGAAGCUCUUCGCACUGCGUCACUACUACUUCACCAAUGGCUGGAACAUCUUUGAUGUGGUUGUGGUCAUCCUUUCAAUUGUGGGAAUGUUUCUGGCUGAUAUUAUUGAGAAGUACUUUGUGUCACCGACACUCUUCAGGGUGAUCCGUCUGGCUCGUAUUGGCAGAAUCCUGCGUCUCAUCAAGGGCGCCAAAGGAAUCAGAACUCUUCUGUUUGCCCUCAUGAUGUCCCUCCCCGCCUUGUUCAACAUUGGCUUGUUACUUUUCUUAGUCAUGUUCAUUUUCUCCAUUUUUGGCAUGUCAAACUUUGGCUAUGUGAAACAUGGGGCAGGAAUCGAUGACUUGUACAACUUUGAGACGUUUGGCAACAGUAUGAUCAUUCUGUUCAUGAUCACCACGUCAGCGGGCUGGGAUGGCCUGCUGCUGCCCAUUCUUAACUACCCUCCAGACUGUGACCCCACAUAUGAGAAUCCUGGCACUCCUGCCACAGGAGACUGUGGCAACCCUUCGGUGGGCAUCUUCUUCUUUGUUAUGUACAUCAUCAUUUCUUUCCUAAUUGUGGUCAACAUGUACAUCGCCAUCAUCCUGGAAAACUUCAGUGUGGCCACAGAGGAGAGUGCUGACCCACUCAGUGAGGAUGACUUUGAGACCUUUUAUGAGAUUUGGGAGAAGUUUGACCCCGACGCCUCCCAGUUUAUCACCUAUGCCAAGCUUUCGGACUUUGCUGAUGCGCUUGAACACCCACUCCGAGUCCCCAAGCCUAACACCAUUGAACUUAUCGCCAUGGACAUGCCAAUGGUGAGUGGUGACCGCAUCCACUGCCUGGACAUCCUGUUCGCCUUCACUAAGCGCGUGCUGGGCGACAGUGGCGAGCUGGACAUGUUGAGGCAACAAAUGGAGGAGCGCUUUGUGGCGGCCAAUCCCUCCAAAGUCUCUUACGAGCCGAUCACCACCACUCUGAGACGCAAGCAGGAGGAUGUGUCAGUUAGAAUCAUUCAAAGGGCCUACCGAUCCUACCUGGCCAGACGCGGCUUUGUCUGUAAACGCAAGCCAUCCAGUAACAAAGUGGAGAACGGCGGGAACAAUCAGGAACAAGAAAAAAGGGAGAGCACUCCCUCCACUGCCUCCCUGCCCUCUUAUGACAGUGUAACGAAACCUGACAAGGAGAAACAGGAUGACAACAAUGAGGGCAAGGGGGGGAGGAAAGAGAAAGGAAGAAACCAAAAAGACAUCAGGGAAUCUAAAUGUUAGAAUGUUGGAUUAAUAACCACAGUAAUAACAAUACAAAUUAUAAUAAUGUAACUUCAAGCAGAGGAAACUCACCCACACAGAUGUACAGAUUAUUUCAUUUCCAAGUCAGAAAAAAAAAUAAUAUUCAGUAAUUUUGUUUACAGACUUCAUUCUUAUAUUGAUGCAGAGGGAAGCCACUUGGUCUGUCACAGCUUGAAGACUCUUGAACUUCUGUCAAACCAAACAUAAUCAGCAUACUGUGCGACACUGUUGUAUCUACCGAUCUUAACAAAAGGGAAUGAAAGCAGACGUGGAAAUGUCUGUUGCUCACUUACCACAGGUCUACAGAUAAGACAAGUAACUCUAUACCAGGAUGUCGGGUGGAAUGGAAAAAACAAACAAAAAAAACACUAAGAGAACUCUGCGCCUGGAUGCAAAUAAUGGAUUCCUUCAUAAGACUGUGUUGUCAAGGAAAACCAAGGCUUGCUGCUAGAUGCUAAAGGACUGUCCUCCUAAAGCAGCCAGUGAGUGGUUCUGUGUCAUUUAAUGUGAGUUGAAUAGCAGAUAAGGAAAUGACACUCUCUCUCUCUAUAAGAGCAAACAGAGGGAUGACUGUGAGUGAAAGACACAAAUGACAGAGAGCGUUGGGAGUACUUUUUUUUUUUGUUUUAUUAAAGCUAGAACUUUUUAAUUUGAGCAACAAAAAUGCAAACAAGAUGAAAAAAGAACAAUAUUCAACAUUUUUGCCCAUGUCACUUAACUCUUCUACUCAUUUUAUCUUUGUUAUACCCACAUCAAAAAUGCUUUUUUUACAUGGGCUUUCACACCAAUUGGUUAAGGGUCUGUUUAUUAUGGGGUCAACUCAGGCCAAGGGCUUACAUUUACUCAGAAAGAUUUCCAAACAAAUACAUAAAUAAUUGUGCUUGUUCAAUGCAUAGAAAUGACUUGCAUGAUGGCAUGUUUUGAUCAGAAAUCUUGCAUGAAUUAUCAUAGUCCACAAGACACUAAUACUCAGACCACACCAGUGGCUCGACAGUGAGAUCGAGACAUUGUCGAAAUUUGAAAGUUCAGAGUUACGAGUCAUUUGUUUAACAAAGAUAAGUGGGGGUUGAUCAUCUAAAAUGGGUCCGAAAUUUUAUCUCAUUACGCAACACACAAUAUAAAAAUGACUAUGUUUAAAUUAUUGCCUCUAUCGACAGAAGAAUGGAACAUGUUGGUUAAAUUAGUGCCGACAUGGUGGAUCAGUGGGUGAAAUCCAAACAUUUAUUUGCUGCUCUGGAGAUGAUUUAGUGUGUGAGAUGUAGAAAAUGGACGUUUGUGUGAAUCGCGGGAUUGAAAUGUUUGUUAAUUUGGACUCAAAUGUUUUCAAGGGUGCAACACUUUGAAACGUAAAAGCUUAUAUUUAUAAUUUGUAUGCACCGAUGUAAUGUCCCAUACCAUCUGCCUUUAGUUUUGUCUGAGCAGGGCAUUUUUACUGAGGGGUCCUACUGAGGGGUACAAGUGGUUUUGGGGGAUUUCAAAGGUAUGGCAAACUCCUUUGAAUUGCUGAUGUUUCUCCAUGUGUGAGAAGACUUCUGAUUAUGGUUCCGUUUACAUCAUUUGAUGGCAUAUAUUUACAUGUGUUAUGAUUAUUAUUACUGUUGUUGUUGUUUUUGUUUUUUUUUGCUGAUGUAAAUUGAAUGUUUUGUUGUGUGCCGCGUCUUAUUUGACAUGAUUUUAAAAAGCCACACCUGAGAUGAUAUGCUGAGGGGGAAAACGGUCCUGUGUUGGAACAUAUUGUCGAGUGUUAGAGCUGUGUCCUGAUGUAAUGAGAAGCCGAAACCUAUGAAUGGGUGAUGAUAAUAUUGUGUGUGGAGAAGCCAAAGAGACCUGCCUUGUUAUCCCUUGUUGCCCUUUGUCAGUGGAGUGGGAUUGGGUGGAGAAUGCCCUGCCCAUUCUGUUUUUUCGCUGUCAUUAUUAGACAGAGAGACCCUAGAAAUGUAUGCAAUGCUUGAAAAAAUCCAUCUGUUUUCUCAGGAGAUAAUAUAGAUGUACUAUUGUGAGCUCUGCAACAAAAUGCAAGUGAAUGUGAUGGGAGUAUUUAUGAAAUCAUGUUUUGCUCUUUUGUGUUUUAUGCCAUGCUGAUGGACAAUGAUCUCGGGCCGGCUGCCUCGUCUCUGUAGCCGCCUGGUCAGGGGCCAGUUUAGCGCUUCCUGCUUAUGAUGCCUAGAUUUAUAGGGCUAGUAGCAUCUCGGUGAAACGGCAACAUGUUUGCUCACGUGUUAAGGCGGCAUUUAUAUCGCAGGCAAAUUACAUUUGUGGUUAAGUCAACUAUGGACUGCAGUCUGGUCUCAAUUAAUGUCAGUAAACGGCAAAAAUAACAACAUUCACCCCCGAUAGCAGUCACAGAUACAGGAAACACUGUGAGGAGAUGUCAUGAGAGUGAAUUGGGAUAUGUUGGUUUGAGUAGCACACUGGAUUCUUUGUGAAGCAUUUUCACUAUUUAACAACAACAAUGUGUUCCCUGAGCCUCUCGUUUGCCAUCGUUCUCCAUCAUGCUCUGCUGCAUAACAAAUACCAAAUAACCAACAGAGCACUGGAUGCUUUUUUUAAUGGUACUGUGAGCCGAAGCACCACAUCCAAGCUUUUGCACUUCCUGUUGUGCAGUGAUGUCACUUCCUGUUUAUGAAUACCACACACACACACACACACACACACAUCCCUUCUCAAGUUCCACAGUCUAGUUGCUGCAUGAGAUCUCCAAAAUCAGUGUGGGUGUUAACUUGAACCAAAUAAAACUCUGAAUGAUGAGCAUAAAAGCUACUGCCGUCCAUUUUCUCCAAGACAACCAUGGAUAUACAGAUGCGUAUGACAGAAAGAAGCCUAAAAAAUCCAAAAAAAAUCCUACAUUGGGUAAAACUUCAAAUAAAACAACUACACUCGGGCUAUGUUCUGUACGGCACAAACUGCAGAAGCUAAGAAUGGACUUUUUAAGAAACUAUAAAUAAUGUAAUAUAUUAUUUUAACGGCAUGUGUAGUUUUUUGUAAAUACAGGAUUACUUAAAAAACUAUGGCUAUUAAUCUAACACUAAAUAUUAAUAACCAUAAAUAGAAUGGCUUCCAGCUGACACCCCUUGUCACACUUGUUAGGCUGUGAAACUUUUGUUAGAUGGAGUAGAUUUUUUCUUUCUUUUUUUUAUGUUUUUGUUCCAUUUGUUUUUGAGUCACUUUUCACAAAAAAGAGGGGAGUGAAGCUAAAAGAAUCUAUGUUAAAAGCAGAAAUUGUAUGUAAAACUGUAUAAAUGAACACGUACAUAUACAGAAGUGUAUUACAUAUAUAUUAUAUAUAUAUUCUUUCAUAUAAAAUAUAUAUAUAUAUAGUAUAUAUACAUUAGAACAAUGUCUAUAACUCGACUCUCCUGUCCACUCCUUGCAUUGAGGUGAAAGCAGAAACACAGUUUUGAUUGAUCAUGCUUUUUUUUUUCUUUGUGUGGUACGUUCAGAGAAUAACCAAAACUCUGGCCCGCCCAAGAUCUCUGCAUAUCGGGUACCAGCGUACAAUGCAUGGUGUUGUACUGGCUGCUUCUGAGUAUUGUGGAGCCUGCUUUGGUGAGAGGAUUGCACUACCAGCAUACCCUUUUGUACACGUGUGAAGAUGUCUUGCCCCUCGUUUCCUAUAUCGUACGCACAUACGUAUUCAGACACACACACACACGUACGUGCAACACAGUCACAGUCACACGCACUCUCACGCAGUCUUAGCAUUUUGCAGGCCACACCUGGUGAACCAGUGUGCCCCAGUAUGAGCUGCAGUUCACUUUGUAUGACAAAAUGUUUGCUCGUUUCAGCUCUAACCCUGCUCAAUAUUUCCACCUAACACACUGCUGCAGUUUGAAGUUGAUCUUUCAGUUUGCUGUCUCUUUCAAAUAAGGGUUAGUCGUCUUAACUGUCUGUGUGUUUGUUUAUGGUGCAAUAUCUCUUAACGGCACGUGCCUUUUUAGCUUCCUAUUUAGUCUGUCAAUAAAAUCAGCAACGAGGAUCUCGAACCCGCGGGAGUGAAUCAAAACGGAGCACGAUAGAAACAAUGUAUUGAGUUCAAAAUUAACGUGUAAACUGAAAACUCACCACCUAGAUUAGACUGUCUGGACUAACAUCUUGUAGAGUCAUGUAGUACAAGUGCUCUCUCUCUCUCUGUGUUCUGUUUACUGGCUCUCGGGCCCGUAAGAGAACAGCUUGCCUUCUGUUUUACACUUAUGUUCAUUUCCAAGUGUUGUUUUAACAGUCGGUAUAUGAGGCCAUUUUUUUUUUGUAGCAUGACUGAGAUAAAUUUCUUUUCUUUGCUGAAAAUAGGCUAAUGAAAACAAAAAAAAAAAACAAAAAAACAAAACAAAAACAAAGUUAUGACUGUCAUUAUCUCUUGCCACUAAUACAGUCAGAGAGAGAACGUGUGUGCACAACCACAUGGGACAAUUAAAUGAGAAUCAGUGAAAGAAUGUCUUCAUUUGAGCACGAAUCUAUUUCCAAACAAUAAAGCAGCCUUCCAGUUA